AUGGCAGCGGUGGAAGCACAGAUCGUGGUGGCCCAGGCCGCUGACGGUGGAGGCGCGACCGAGGCGACGCUAGAACAACAGCAGUGGACUCGAGCGUUGCCUGAUACCGGCAAUUUGGCAGACUUGCAUGCGGUUGUCUCGGAGGUUCGGGCCGCGAUGAAUGCCCACCUGACGGCGGCCAUUGAAGCUCAGGGCCAAUCAGUGCAAGGGAACCGCCGCUCAUGCUGUGUGCGUUGUGACAUUAAUGCUUGGCACGAGCAGAGGACGACAAGCGCGAUCAUCUUGAAGACGAGGACGAAGACGACUGAUGGCUUGACUGGCUAUUCACCCCACGCCUGCUUUUCUGAGUGA